AACAGCAGCAGACUGGAAGGCGAGUUGAGUUGAACGGACGUAACGAGACGCAGCUCCCGUUUUUUCACUAUUUUAACAUUUCUUUCCUGGAAAGUCAAUUACCCCAGGAGCCACAAUGCCGAAAAGAGGCAAAGCAAACAAUGGAACCGAAGCAUCUGAGCCAAAAAGGAGAUCCGAGCGGCUUCAAGCUAAGCCACAGACGCAGCCGCCCGCACCGAAACCAAAGAAGGCACCUGCAAAGCCCAGGAAGGUGAAGGAAGAUAAGAAAGCCAAGCCUGAGAAGAAGGCGAAGGAGGCUGAGGCUGAGCAGAACGCAGCAGAAAACGGAGAGGACCAGGCUGAAGAGGAAGCCACUCAGGAGACAGAAGAUGAGAAGGAUGAGAAAGCUGCUGAAUAAGACCUUUUUCACCGAACCAGAGGAAUAUUUUUAUCAGCUAUUUUAUAAAAAAAAAAAAAAAAACGGUCGGGGGAGAAAAAAAUUGGUUUUGUAGUCAACUUCUAUAAACACAUUGUAUAGAAAAUGGUUCAAAAAGGCCUUAGGGGAGAAAAUCUGUCCUGUAUUUCUUUUUAUAUCUCUUAAAGAGGAACUGCAGUUAUGGAACAACUUUUAAACUUUUUUUUUUUUUUUUAAAAGCUUUUAAAAACUUUUGAAAGAAGGGAUGAAGCAGGGCCUCGUUCCUCGAGCCGGGCUGAAGAACUUCAACCGGUACAAACCUGACUGUUCAUAAAGAUCACGGUACUACAGCAUGAGUUACUAUGGUAACACAUCACCUUCAGAUCAAAGCUGCUCUUGCAUCAAAAUGUGCAACGCUUUACAAAUACUCACAUCCUACUGACGAGCACCGACGGUUCUCGGAGAUGUUCUUGUGUUCAGAAUGUGUUGCCCUGCUCUGAUUGGACAUGAAAUAAACAGCCCGAUAAAUUCCUAA